AUGUCUAUGCCGUCAAGGUGCUCUCCGCCCAGUACUCUGCAGUACCACUCCCUUCCUAGCAGCGUUGAGUACAGUCCAUACACUCAUCAAGCCACGAGCGUCGACUGGAGGCCACCAUUUGUUGGACAUAUAAAUCCGUAUUCACCAUACCCCGACGACGAAGAGUCGAGCCCUCUGGUUACACAACCGCCAUCCUACAUGCUUCCUAACACAGAUCCUAUGGCAACGACCAGCACCUUCUACAUGCACGGACAUGGAGUCCGACCACAUCCUAGUUCACUUUGGCCAGAGCCUCAGCCCUAUGUGUCUCAGCCGAUUUCGCUGCUGACCGGCAUUCCAUACACAAUGCCCCAUGAGAGUUCACAGUCCUUCCAAACAAUUGGGACUGCUGGAAGUCUCCCUUCAGACCGUAUCUUACCACAACCCAUCACGGCACGUAGCUAUAUACCAACGCCAGCCAGCUCGAUUGACAUACCUGUUUCCACCCCAGGUCAGCGAACGCACAACCUCUGGCACAAUGACACCGGCACGCCUGUUCCCCAGCUGCCGACUCCAGCGGAGGUGAACUCAAGGCAAGAGCAGAACACGGGAAGGGAAAGUAUCCCUUACAGAUUACAGGACAUGACAUAUGGCCAGACGAACCUGAAUGAAGGACUUUCAGGGACUCCUGCAUCAACUGGCAACUAUCUUGCAAUCAAUGAGGCUCGGCCUUCUACCACGACAACUCCAAGAGAAGAUGCUACCUCUCAGCAGUCGAGCUUAUGUCUGGCCGUUCCUGGGAGCCAGAGACCAAACGCGGAAACCUCCGAUGUUGCAUACAACUACAGUUCAUUGGGCAGCCACAUUUCACAAUUAGGGGGUGCAUCUGGCGAGCUCCGCCCAGGUGCGUUGUACUGCCAAACGACGAUGCUUACUCGACGGGAGGCUGGGUCUGAUGAUUGCAGCCCAGACUGCACCAGCUGUCAGACCGAGUCCACGCGAACGUCGUUUACGUCGAUGACCAGCACGUCCUCUGGUUGCUAA